AUGGACACUUCUAACGUUACCGACAGAGCCGAGGCUGCAGAGGCCUCGGGAAGGGAAGACAUGCGAGAGGAGGGGAAACUUGGCGCGGGGAAGGAGGAGGCAAUUCAACGGUCUGUGGAUACCGCGUUGGAUGACUACAGAUCGCUGCAUAGGAAACAGUAUGAAGAUCGACUACGGCGCGAGGCAGCGGAGGAGGAAAAGGCGAAAAGGUUAGCAGAGGAACGGAAAGGAUACGAAAUGGCAGCGAAACUGCAGCAGGAAGAGGAGAGCAUCCUGGCAACUCGGAUGGCUGCGGAUGCGGAAAUGAGUCGCCAGCUUUUUGCGCAGUUGAAUCAUCAUGUUCAGCCCGGGCCAUCAGUGAGCCCAGCCGAUCGAGACGGUGCAGUCUGCGAAGGCACUCCUGAUGCUUCUACUGGGGUGUACUCGGCCGAGUGGUACGAGCAGCUCCGACAGCAACAAGAACAAGAGAGACGAUUGAUGGAAGGCUAUAGUGCUUUUCCGCCCCAGUCUGACGAGGACAAUGUGCGGCCACCUAUGCGGACGAACUACACCGAGCGUCUUAUCGACGACGGCCCUGUUCGCUGGAUUCCCUCCACUGGCGGCUUCUCAGAGAGCCUUUUAGGUCCUCCCGCAAGUCCAGUAGGCGGAGGCUGGUCCUGGAUGGAAGACGCUAUGCGCGAGGCAUUGGGACUGCCUGAGCGCACCAGGCCGGGCGGCGGGGAGCAACUGUCGCCUGAGGAGCGAGCACAUCGACGUCGACGGGCCGUCUACGUCGCCUUGGUUUGUUUGUGUAUGGCCGGUCCCCUCAUUGUCGCUCUCAUUAUGAUCAUUGUGCAGAUGAUGCAGUGA